AUGUCCAAGGAUAGUGCUGAAGGGAGUCAGAUGGACUCAUCGUAUAGUACUUUGGCCGAUCUUCAAAAGGGAAAGAAGAGGAAGAGGGCCCAGCCACGCCAUGAGAGGAGAUCUGUUAUGCCACGGAAGACUUUGAUCGCUGCUGGAAAGCAUAUGAAGCUUGAGGAUGACGACGAAUGCAGCAAACAAAUGAAAGCCACAAAAGGCGGAGAGACGGCAGCCAAUUCAUCAACUCUCGCUGUCUCCAGCGAAGGAUGUUCCACUCCGCAUACUAACAAGCGCCAAAAGUCAGAAUCGUCCUAUAACGUUGCGACGGCUAGUUCGAAGCCAACAGGAGGUGACACGCCGAACAAGAAGUCUGAAUCAUCCCAGAGAUACUCAAAUCGACAUCAAGCUGUUCCGCCCCACCUGAGCAGGAAGCGCGAUGAACUACUUCCUCUCCGGAAAACCCUUCCAAUCUGGCCACAGGCAGACACCAUCAAAGCUGCGCUGAAGAAGAACAAUGUUUUGGUCCUAACAGGAGAGACUGGUUCCGGAAAAUCUACUCAAGUACCCCAGUUUUUAGCAAGCGAACCUUGGUGUACUAGGUGUAUAGCAAUCACGCAACCUCGAAGGGUCGCCGCCAUCUCACUAGCACGUCGUGUAGCGGAAGAGAUGGGCAGCUUCAUGGGUAGCCAAAGCCCGGCAGCCAAAGUUGGAUACAGUGUGCGUUUCGACAACUCAACAGGCCCGAAUACGAAAAUCAAGUUCCUUACAGAGGGUAUGCUAUUGCAAGAAAUGCUCAGGGACCCGGUGAUGUCACAAUACAGCGCUAUAGUCGUGGAUGAGGUUCACGAAAGAAGUGUCAACGUCGAUCUGAUUCUGGGUUUCCUGCGGAAGCUCGUAGCCAGCAUUGAAAAUGGCAGCACGAAGAAGCGUGAACAUCCCCUCAAGGUAGUAGUCAUGAGUGCUACAGCAGAUGUGGAGGGUCUCGUCAAGUUUUUUGAGGAGAGCCAACUGGCACCAGAGCCGAAAGGAGUCACUAACAAGUCUACCGGGAAAGAUCUAAGAACAGUUUCCACAUGCUUUGUCGAGGGACGACAGUAUCCAGUCAAAACGACUUACACACCAGAACCAGUACAAGAUUGGGUAGAGUCAGCUCUGAAAAUUAUAUUCCAAAUACACUACAAGGAGCAGCUUCCCGGCGAUAUACUGGUGUUCCUUACAGGUCAGGACACUAUCGAAGGGUUAGAGAAGCUUGUCAACGACUACGCUGAGGGUAUGGAUAAGGACGUACCAAAACUGCUAGCGCUGCCACUGUUCGCUGCACUCCCACAAUACGCUCAACAGCGUAUCUUUGCACCCACCCCUUAUCGGACAAGAAAAGUCAUCCUAGCGACCAACAUCGCUGAAACAUCUGUCACCGUGCCUGGGGUCAGAUAUGUCAUUGACUGUGGCAAGUCGAAGAUCAAGCAGUUUCGUAAUCGCCUUGGCCUCGAGUCCUUGCUUGUCAAACCCAUCUCCAAAUCUGCAGCUAUUCAGCGCAAGGGUCGUGCGGGUCGUGAAGCGCCUGGUCAAUGUUAUCGUCUGUACACAGAAAACGGCUACAAGGAAAUGGAGGAACGCACAACGCCCGAGAUUUUGCGUUGUGACCUAAGUCAGGCGAUACUCACCAUGAAAGCACGUGGUGUAGACGAUGUCCUCAACUUCCCAUUCUUGGAUCGGCCCCCACGAGAAGCCCUGGAGAAAGCCCUGCUGCAGCUCUUACAUCUACAAGCACUGAGCGAGACGGGGGACAUCAGCGACACAGGUCUCAAAAUGGCCAAACUUCCUCUGACACCGACUCUGGGUCGAGUUCUGAUUGAAGCGGCAAGACCUGAACGUGAUUGCUUACUGGAUGUUAUUGACAUCAUCUCUGCACUCAGCGUAGAAAACGUAUUCUUGAACUUGGUGACUGAAGAGCGAAAAGAGGAGGCGGAAGAAGCGAGGCGCGAAUUAUACCGGCGAGAAGGCGAUCAUCUGACGUUACUCGUGACUGUCCAAAGAUAUGCUGAGGAGCGGACAGACCGCAAAUUGUGGUGCGAGAAGCAUUUCGUGUCUCACAGGGCUAUGCAAAAUGUCAUGAACAUCCGGAAGCAAUUGCAGCAACAGUGCACGUCACUCAAGUUGCUAUCAUCGGAAAAUAAACAGUCAAAUAAAGCUCCAUCAGAAGCUAAAAGCCAGGCUAUCCUAGCCUGUAUGUUGCGCGGCUUCAUCUCUAACACGGCACGCAUGAUGCCGGAUGGGAGCUACAAAACGCUCAUAGGCAACCAGACAGUUGCGAUUCAUCCGAGCUCUGUGUUGUUUGGCCGUAAAGUCGAAGCGAUUGUGUUCAAUGAGUUUGUUUUCACUGGCAAGGCUUGGGCAAGAGGUGUAAGCGCCGCUCAAUUGGAUUGGGUCACCGAGGUGGUCGAUGCUAUCUUCUAG